AUGUUCAAGCCGCAGCCGGCAAAUGCGACGAAGAAGAAAAAGGAUUCGGUGGUCAGACUGACCAACAUGAGGGGAUUCGAGUUCGGACGGUUGCCCCAGGACGUCGCAUCUUGGGUAUCAAAACUGCUGGAUCUUGAUAUCGUUGACUUCCGCGGAAGCACGGUCGUCGAUUGCCCUACUACACUCCACUCUGGUGCCGAUCUCAUCCUCUCCCUUUCUAUCUACAUCAAGGCUUCCGCCUUCCGCGCACCGAGCACAUCCGCAGAGGAUCAACAGAAGGAGCGCGUAAUGUUUGACGAAGGAAAAGAAACCGGGGAGGAGCAGAUGCUUCGGGAGCGGAAGCAGGCAUUACUCAAAAUGUUCAAGGUGCUUGACCUCAAGCCUCGGAAAGGAAGUGACUUCACACGGAAACCCCAUGGUAAGCUAGACCAGAUGGACCUGGAAAUGCUCUCGCAGAGACAUGUGGCGAACGAAAAGUCCAAGCCCAAAAAGGAGACCGAACUUGUCGGUGACGGCGAGGAGGUGGAAGUCGAAGAGGAGGGCGAGGAGCUGUCUGACAAUGAGCUUGACCUCAUUUACAAGAGGGCACAGCAGAACGAUCGACAGCUGGGACAGAUGGAGCCAGCCGACACCUUCACUUUGACCCUACGAGGUUACCAGAAGCAGGCACUUAACUGGAUGCAUUCCAUCGAGACAGGCGUCACGUCCGCACGUGAAGAGACUUCAAUGCAUCCUCUAUGGAAGGAAUAUCUAUUCCCACUUGAACCUAAUAACGGAGUCAUCGACUUGACUGCGGAUGACAGAGCGUUCUACUUCAACGAGUAUUCUGGCGAAUUGAGCUUACAGUUCCCGAAGGCGGAAAGGAAGUGUAGAGGAGGUAUCCUUGCGACUAAACAUUACUGUGCUGACUAUACAUCAGUGGGCAUGGGCAAGACUAUCAUGCUUUCUGCCCUGAUGCAAACCUCUCGAGGACCCGAAGACCCCGCCCCGGAUAGCAACGCCAACGCCAGCAAAAAGCGACAGCUCAAGCUCAACAACGCCUUCCGCUCCGUCAAGCACGAUCCAAACACACAACCCGAGCGUGGGCCAGCGGCAACGUUAAUCGUCGCACCAACCUCUCUGCUACUGCAGUGGUCCUCCGAACUGGAAAGAUCGAGUAAGCCAGGGACACUGAAGGUCUUGGUGUGGCAUAGCCAGAACAGGACAGACUUGGAUGCCGCGUUGAGCGGACACAAUCCGGUCGACGUAGUGAUCACCUCUUACGGGACGCUAGUGUCGGAACAUUCUAAGUCGGAACGAUCAAACGGUAGCGGUACUUCGCCGGUCUUCGAAAGUAAGUAUCAUCUGCGUACAGGUGUUGUUCUCGACGAAGCUCACCACUGUAAGUCACGGCAGAGCAAGACCGCCAAAGCAGUAUAUGCUCUUCGUGCGCGACGGCGAUGGGCUGCCACAGGAACGCCUAUCGUCAACAGAUUAGAGGACCUCUACUCGUUACUCAAAUUCUUGGACUUUACGCCGUGGUCAAACUACACUUUCUUCCGCUCGUUUAUCACCUUGCCCUUCCUUGCUCGGGAUCCCAAGGCAGUCGAGGUAGUACAAGUAAUCCUCGAGAGUGUUUUGUUGCGCAGAGAGAAGAACAUGCUCGACACAGAUGGAAAGAAGAUUGUCGAACUUCCUCCGAAAGAGAUUGUCGUGGAGAACUUGGAAUUCUCGCCGCUGGAACGGAAGAUCUACGACUCAUUGUAUACGGAUGCUAAGAAGAACUUCGAUAACCUGAUUGAGAAGGGGCUUGUCAGCAGAAACUACACACACAUCUUGGCCAUGCUUAUGCGGCUACGCCGUGCGGUUCUGCACCCCAAUCUCGUGCUUUCUAGUGACAACGAGGGGAUAAAGGCAUCGAGUGCGGGAGCAGUGGACGUGGAUGCUCUCAUCAAGCAGUUCGACGAGGGCAACAACUCGCCGAGCGACAACAAGGUCUUCGCCGAGGGCGUACUCGCGAACCUAGAGGGAGAAGAAGAGAGGGAGUGUCCAAUAUGUUUCGAUGUCAUGGACACGCCUACUAUCAUACCAAACUGCCUGCACCAGAGCUGCAAGGAUUGCAUCAUCGCAUUCAUCGAGACUUGUCGAGAGAAGGGUGAGGAGGGGCGAUGUCCGACGUGCUCCCGCGGCCCUGUCAAGGAGAGCGAUCUCAUCGAGGUUGUUCGAUCGAAAACGCAAGCUGAAGGCAAAGAGCCGCAAGCAUCGCGUCCAGCGGUCACGUUGCGACGCAACGACUUCCGAUCCUCGACUAAGCUCGAAGCCCUGCUGCAGAAUCUCAAACGCCUGCAAAGCGAAGACUCGUCUUUCCGUGCGGUCGUCUUUUCUCAAUUCACGAGCUUCCUCGACUUGAUACAAACCAUCUUGGAACGAGAGGGUCUGGCAUGGUACCGGUUCGAUGGUACCAUGGAUGUCAAGAAGCGAAACGAUUCCAUCGCGGGCUUCAAGGCUGCUUCUCAGGCUCCGAAAGUUCUGAUUGUGAGCUUGAAAGCAGGAGGCGUCGGUCUCAACUUGACGAACGCCAACCAUGUCUUCAUGAUGGACUGUUGGUGGAAUGCAGCCACUGAGAACCAGGCCAUCGAUCGCGUCCACCGCAUCGGACAGGAGAAACCAGUCUACGUCAAGCACUUCAUCAUCUCGGAUACCAUCGAAGGCCGUAUCUUGCAGAUACAAAAGCGCAAGACUGCCAUCGUGAAGGAAGCAUUCCGCGGCAAAAGAGAGGGGGAUCCGGAAAGUGUUGAGAAUCUCAAGAUCAUGUUUGAUAUCUAG